AAAUAAAAAGUGAAGAAAAAAGUGCCUAUAAAACAGCAUAAAACCUUCCGCCUUUCUCACUCAUCUCACUCUCUCUCUAAAAACUUUUCUUCUGCUACCAAAUUUUGAUACAGCACACUCUUCGUGCUCUCCGCCACCCUUUCUUUCUCUUCUUCCCCCAAUUUAUCAGAUCCAUUUUUCUUCUUAUCACUUCACUAAUGGCUUCCUUUACUGCUUCCUCCGUCUCCUUCUCCUGCAUUUCUUUCUCCAAGCAAAACCAGGUCUCGAAUUUGAGGAAGGCAUCACUUCCAUUGAGUGGAAAGGGCUUCUCUUCUCAUAAGCUGCCUGCCUUUCGUUUCCGUGUUGCCUGUGCGGCGAAGCCAGAGACGGUGACGAAAGUUGUUGAAAUUGUGAAGAAGCAAUUGGCUCUUCCAGCUGACCGUGAUGUCACUGGUGACUCGAAGUUUGCGACACUUGGCGCCGAUUCUCUUGACACGGUUGAGAUUGUGAUGGGACUUGAGGAGGAGUUCGGAAUCAGCGUCGAAGAAGAAAGCGCACAGAGCAUCGCCACCGUUCAAGAUGCUGCUGAUCUGAUCGAGAAGCUCUUGGAGAAGAACUAGAAGAAAAUAAUUAAGCCUUUUACUUAGCUUUGCUAGAAAAAGUUUGUUCGUUUUUUCUCUCCUUUUUUUUUCCGCAAUAUCUUAUGUUGCCUGUUAUAUCGAGCGAACUUGAGUACCUUGGCUAGAAUGAACCUUAUUAUCUCUAUUUAUUUCGAGACUUUUUUUAUUUCUUUGGAAGAACUAAGCUUGUUGGUCUUUGCAUUUUCCUGUUAGAACUUCGACCGGUCUUUAUAUAGUAUGUUCUAAAUUUUGCUUCUGC